AUGGGAUUAUCCGAGGCUAACUUGAGCAGUUUCUACCAGGAAUAUCGAGCGAAGACGCUUACGGAGAAGUAUGCCAACCUGAACACGCAGAUGGACAAGGUCAUCCACAAUGCCAACACGGAGAUCUUGUCACUGCAGAAUAAGCUAUCCGAGAUGCAAUCCUCCCAAGAAGACCUCCAAAAGAAAAACCAAGAACUGAAUGAUAUAUACCGUGACAAGAACAACAAACUUGCUCAAAUGACCAAUCUCUACAACCUCCUCAAAGCUCGUGCCAUGCGAUCCCGAAUGCAGACCGCAGCCUCGGACACAGUCUCCCAGACUCUCUCAUCGCUCAAUGCUCCUCCCCCUGUCUCCAUUACCCGGGAAGUCCCAGCGCUGCCUCCGGUCCCAGUUACACGAAACCCCAAGACUCCCACUUUCCCCGUCAACCAAGACGGGGUCGAGCAGCUUCACCGAUACCAACGAAGCGGCACUGGCAGUUCCAAAAGGGCCACGACGCGGACACCUCGCGAAGCCCCAAUGCCGCCCCCUGCUCGGCCAAAUUGGAAUGGGCGAAAUAGCAAAGGUCCAGAUCCCGCUCCCCAGCAUCGUACUCGACUUCCACGCAUUUCUCGGACUCCGACUGUCUCAUCCGAGCUUCCUCCCAGCGAUGCCAUUACGCAGCGGUUUGGACGUUGA